AUGAUUUCCACCUCUAAACUGGCGGUAGAGGCAGAAAUUCGCCAGGGUCUUCUACUCUACACUGCUAUCGUGUUUGUUUCUACCAUGCUUAUGUGCGCUCAACAAAUUUCAAAAUCAGUCGCUACGCUCACUAAGAACGCGGAGUUCGACCUAUGGGCUACCAUGCAAUUCUACUGGAUAAAUGACGUCAUGUUGUGCGUGCCUCCUUUCUGUCUGCUGAUGCUUUCUGCAGAUCUUCGAAAAGAUAUCGUCAACUUUUUACGAUGUAGACGGCAACGCAGUGGUCCUACUGGUCCUGUCUCUGUUCGACAAUCCACCAUGGCGAAAACAUUGAGAGCCCGAGAAUUCUCAUGGUUGUUCAUUGUCAAUCUUCUUGCGCCCACGCUCUCGCUUGCGCAAUUGCGCUGUUGA